UGCUUGCAGAGUUCCUCGUGUGUUGCGUGUGGUAGGUCGACCCGGUCGAGCUCUUGCCUCGUUCUCCGUUAUGUUCCGUUGUCUGGUUUCGGUUCGGUUUGCUUUUCAGAGGAUCGGUUCACGUCUCGCGCCCUCAUGUGCACGCGGGCUGAGCAGCCGUGCUGUUACGCGCUCCCUUGCUGGAGGUUUGCAGGUGGCACAGCACAGGAUUUGGAGGUCCCAGCAGCCCUGCCUCAACCUUGGACAGCACUUUUGCUACAGUACCCAGGAGGCAGAAAAAGCUCCAGAGGAGGAGCCGCUGCACACCAUCAUCAGUGACACGGAGUCAGUGGAAGGGGAUUUCUCAAAGCAUGAAUUUCAGGCAGAGACUAAGAAGCUGCUGGACAUUGUUGCCAGGUCGCUGUACUCAGAGAAAGAGGUGUUUAUCAGAGAGCUGAUCUCUAAUGGCAGUGACGCCCUGGAAAAGCUGCGCUACAAACUGCUCACAUCGAGGACUGAUGCGGCUCCUUUGGAGAUCCACCUGCGGACCGAUGCUGCAAAGGGCACCUUCACUAUCCAGGACACAGGAGUGGGGAUGAACCAAGAGGAGCUGGUGUCUAACCUGGGGACAAUCGCCCGAUCAGGAUCCAUGGCGUUUUUGGAAGCUCUGCAGAACCAAGCUGAGGCCAGCGGCACCAUCAUUGGUCAGUUUGGGGUGGGAUUCUACUCCGCCUUCAUGGUAGCUAACCGUGUUGAUGUCUACACUCGGUCUGCUGAACCUGGUGCAUCCGGAUACAAGUGGUCCUCAGACGGAUCUGGAGUUUUUGAGGUCGCUGAAGCCAGUGGAGUCCAACAGGGAACAAAGAUUGUGUUGCAUCUGAAAGACGAAUGCAAAGAGUUUUCUUCUGAGGACAGAGUUAAAGAUGUUGUCAAUAAGUACAGCAACUUUGUGAGUUUCCCCAUUUUCCUGAACGGACGGAGGCUCAACACCCUACAGGCCUUGUGGAUGAUGGAGCCUAAAGAGAUCAGUGACUGGCAACACGAGGAGUUCUAUCGCUACAUUGCUCAGGCGUACGACAAGCCGCGCUACACGCUGCAUUACCGCGCAGAUGCACCGCUCAACAUUAGGAGCAUCUUCUACGUCCCUGAUGCGAAGCCGACCAUGUUUGACGUGAGCAGGGAGAUGGGCUCCAGCGUGGCUCUGUACAGCAGGAAGGUCCUGAUCCAGACCAAAGCUGCUGACAUCCUGCCCAAGUGGCUGCGAUUCCUCCGAGGUGUGGUGGACAGCGAGGACAUUCCGCUGAAUCUGAGCAGAGAACUGUUGCAGGAGAGCGCCCUCAUCAGAAAACUUCGUGAGGUUUUGCAGGAAAGGGUGAUUCGUUUUCUGCUCGACCAAAGCAAGAAGGAACCAGAAAAGUACAGCAAGUUCUUUGAGGAUUAUGGUCUCUUCUUGAGGGAGGGAAUCGUCACCACCCAGGAACAGGAUGUCAAGGAAGAUAUUGGCAAGCUGCUGUGGUUCGAGUCGUCUGCUCUGCCUGAAGGACAGCAGACCAGUCUGGUCGAGUAUGCCGCCCGCAUGAAGGCUGGCACACGGAACAUCUACUACCUGUGUGCCCCAAACCGCCAUCUGGCAGAACAUUCACCCUACUAUGAGGCCAUGAAACAGAAGGACAUGGAGGUGCUGUUCUGCUACGAGCAGUUUGACGAGCUGACCCUGCUGCACCUCAGAGAGUUUGACAAGAAGAAGCUGAUUUCAGUCGAGACGGACAUCGUGGUGGAUCAUUACAAGGAGGAGAAGUUUGAGGACAGCAAACCCGCUUCUGAGCGUCUGACACAGGAGCAGGCUGAUGACCUGAUGUCUUGGAUGAAGAACGCUUUGGGUCCCAGAGUUGCCAACAUAAAGGUGACCCCUCGGCUGGACACCCACCCAGCCAUGAUCACGGUGCUGGAAAUGGGUGCUGCACGCCACUUCCUACGCACACAGCAACUGGCCCGCAGUGCCGAGGAGCGAGCCCAGAUCCUGCAGCCCACUCUGGAGAUCAAUGCAGCACACGAUCUGAUCAAGAAGCUGCACACACUGAAGGAUUCAAACGCCGAACUGGCCGUUCUGCUACUGGAGCAGAUCUACGACAACGCCAUGAUCGCAGCCGGCCUGAACGACGACCCGCGGCCAAUGAUUUCCCGCCUGAACGAUCUGCUGACUAAAGCGCUGGAGAAGCACUGACACGCCAAGAGUCCAGCUUCAGUCAGAGACGUUUAAAGACAUUGACGUGAAGAUCCGACUGGAGGGCAGAGGACACUUUAUUUCAGAGAAAACAGAAGAGAAACGUUUCACAAAUGUAUCGUUUGAGCAGAAGAUUGAACCGCUGGGACCAAAUUUAAUUUAAAUAUUUAAUUACAAGACGUCAGGAACAGAAACCACAUCCAGCAAAGUUUAGAUUUAAAACAAAUAAACAUUAUGGAAACUGAAUCAGUGAUGUUAAAACGUCAGAGAAUUAAAUCUAUAAUGUGUUUUUAAAAUCAACAUUUUGUUCCAUUUUAAGGGCUGCUGUCAGCAAGUGAUGCUCUCAUCAGAAAUGCUUUUUCGUUUAUUGUAUGAUGUUUGUGAUUUACACUGAACAUACGAAGCAGCUUCAUCGUGUUUGCAGACGAAUGAAUCCAGCAAAGCUUAAGUCAGUUUGAGAAAAACUUUGAAUGUUUUGAAGUAAUACGACAUCUGGGUUAGUUCCAGUGACAAAAAUACGUUCAGCACCUUGU